UCUUUCGAAGAAUCUAGAACAUCAAAAUGGAAAAAGAAGACAAAUUCCCUCUCCAUACAGCUGCUCGUGAGGGGCGAGUGCCUGUAGCUGAAGGACUACUCAAGUCGGAUCAUAAACUAUCGCAACGCAAGGAUGAUGAUGGUCGAUAUCCUAUUCACUGGGCAGCAUCGUCCAAUAACCUUGAAAUCGUCCAGUUGCUAGCCAACCAACGCAGUUUCGAUGCUGACGUUCAGGACGGAAGUGGAUGGUCUCCUCUUAUGAUUUCAGCCAGUGUCCCCGAAAGUGAAGCUGUUCUAAAGCUCAUCAUCUCUAAAGAUGCCGAUGUGAAUCUCAAGAAUUUUACUGGCCAGACCGCCCUUCAUUUCGUUGCCUCCAAGAAGAACCUCGACAUUGCCCGCAUUCUCAUUGACAGCGGUGCAUCUACUCGAGUUCGCGAUCGCAGAGGCCAGUAUCCUAUCCAUCGUGCAGCCGCUGUUGGCUCUGUGCCAAUGGUGAACAUCCUUCUUAAAAACAGAAGCCCGCUGAAUCCUACCGACAACGAGGGUUACACUCCUCUUCAUCAUGCCAUUGCAGAAGGCCAUGGAGACACAGCAGUCGCCCUUCUCAAAGAAGGCGCAGACUUCACUCUCAAGAACAGCGCAGAAGAAUUGGCCAUGGAUCUAGCUCCAGACAAAGAAGUGCGCCGAUAUAUCUUGCAAGGUGCUGAGCGUGAGGGUAUCGAGAUGUCAGGGUAACCAGGAAUUAGUGUUAGAAUGAAGAACAAGACAGGCACUGAAACCAGCGCGAGUUGAGAUUGCGUGCCGAAGCAAG